AUGGCUGAAGAGGUGAUCUUCAAAGGAGCUCCUGUCAUAAUCAAAGGGCUCCAAAAGGAAGAGUCUGUCCGGUACAAUGGCCAGAAGGGAACGGUUACGGCUGGUCCAUUUGACAACGGACGCUACGAGGUGACUUUACAGGGAGGAGGCUACAAGGAAGACAAGGUUCUGGCGUUAAAGCCAUCAAACUUCCAGCUGGACUUGGAUGCACUACAGGAAUAUGUGAUCAAGAAACGAAUCGAGAAAGCGAGGCGAGAUAUAGUGCUGGAGGAUCUCGCGGUGCUUUGGACCAAAGGCAAGGGUCUAUCUGCCAAGAGUUUGACAUGGAGAAGAGAGAAGGUGCCGGACUUGGACCAAGGAGAAGUUCUGCUAAAAGUGGAGAAGUUUGCCUUCAGUCACAUGGCCUUGGGAUAUUUGAUGAAAGGCUUCACCCGGACCUUCAGUGCAUAUCACAAUUUUUACAAAGCUUCCGAGGAGAACUUGUACCGAUCUGCCUGUUGGGGCUUUGCCACAGUCAUGGAGUCAACCCAUGACAAGGUUGCUGUGGGAACCAGGCUCUAUGGUCUCCUGCCAGCAGCCAGGUACCAGGUUCAGACAGUCGGUGGCACCAUUCCUGGCAAAAAGGACGAGCCAUCUUGUGUCGAACUUGCCAUGGAGGGGGUGCCCUUCAACCUCCGUCGCUUUCAGGAAAUGGAGGUGGUAUCUGACUGCAUGGAACCACACUUGGAGGACUGGAUCAUUUGCACCAAGGAGAUCUACACGAUGGCCUACUACAUGGACGAACAAUUGCUGGUGGAUACAGGGAUGAUCAACUGUGUAAUCAUCUCCUGUGCAUCUGCGAAGACAGCCCUGGCCCUCGCCUUCUGCUUGCGAAUGCGAGACAUGAGGUACGUCUUCGGCCUCACCUCCAAGGAUCAUCUCGACUUUGCCCGUUCAACUGACUUGUUCCAUGAGGUGUUUUCGUAUGACAACGUGGCAUCUUUGCCGAACAACCAUACGGUAGUCUACAUGGACUUCAAAUGCGACGGGGAGCUCAGACAGCAGAUCACCUUGAGGACUGAGGAGGUCACCAAGACCGGACGGAAUGAGAAGCUGAAGUACUCCUACCAGGUCAAGCACAUCAACGGGGUCGAUGGUUUUGUUGAGAUGUACGAUGCGUUGUACAGCAAUGCUGCUGAGCUGCAUUGCAAUGGGACACUUUGGAGACCUGAUUCUGUGAGCGAGCAGCGUAAUCUGGUGAAGCGGUUGAACUGGCGGCCUGCUAAGAUCUCUUGUAAGCGAAACUUUGAUUUGCUGUGCAAGCUGCUGCAUCAAGGCCACGACCUUGCCGAGGAUCUCAAAGCUGCAUUGAUCAAGCAGGUCACAGAGGCGUGCAAAGAGCACGUGAACCAAAAAACUCAAGAAGCGGUGGAGACUCUUUGGAAGCGGGGGCAGAAAGCAAUCCUGACUAUGCAGCAGCAGCAUUCUGAUACCACUGAGCAACUGAGGAGCCAGCUAGCAGCCUGCGCUGAGUCUCAUCGAAACCUUGAGCGUGAAACUGUUAUUUUGCGUGCCAAUCUGGAGGCAAUGAUGAAGCAUUUGACCAUUCUGUUCGGAGUUCCGCAUUGCGAACCCACCUUGGACCUAUGGCAAUUUGAAGAGAAGGAUGAGACAGAACAUGAGGAGUUUGAAGACCUGGAAGAGCCAGCUCGUGUGCCUGUUCCUGCUAACUGUGUGGAACAUGCUGAGGCUUCCAUUGCGGGCUCUGGAGGAACCGGCUCUGAAUCUGCUCCAUCGCCCACUGCAGCUGGACACACUCCACCUGAGGCCACUACAUUCUCGUUGAUGCUUCGAAGAGCGGACAAUGUCCCCGUUGGACUUCAUGUUCAAGGUGAUGACGGCCUUCUUGUGGAAAGGAUAUUGCCAGGAGGUGCAAUCGAAGCCUGGAACAAGCAAUGCCCUGGAGAAGUGCGAGAAAUCCGUGUUGGAGAUAGAAUCAUCAUGAUCAAUGGGCAGGAGGAGCUGGAAGCCAUGCGGCAUCAAUGCCUCACAAAGCUCCUUCUGAAGAUGACCGUACAGCGAAUGGCAAUGUGA